AUGGUGACGAGAAACAAGGCCCAGCCUGGGGGCCGGUUCUGGGCUACUACCCCCGCGGCCGCCAUGAUUCCGCCCGCGGACUCGCUGCUCAAAUACGACACCCCGGUGCUGGUGAGCCGGAACACAGAGAAACGGAGCCCCAAAGCUCGGCCACUGAAGGUCAGCCCCCAGCAACCUGGACCCUUGGGUCCAGUCCCACAGCCACCAAAGACCAAGGUCGCCUCAACUUCCUGUGUCCCAGACCCUACAAAGCAGGCAGAAGAAAUCUUGAAUGCCAUCCUGCCCCCAAGGGAGUGGGUAGAAGACACUCAGCUAUGGAUCCAGCAAGUGUCCAGCACCCCCAGCACCAGGAUGGAUGUGGUGCAUCUCCAGGAGCAGCUGGACCUGAAGCUGCAGCAGCGGCAGGCCCGGGAGACAGGCAUCUGCCCUGUCCGCAGGGAGCUCUAUUCGCAGUGCUUUGAUGAGCUGAUCCGCGAGGUCACCAUCAACUGUGCUGAGCGGGGGCUGCUGCUGCUUCGAGUCCGGGACGAGAUCCGCAUGACCAUUGCUGCCUACCAGACCUUGUACGAGAGCAGUGUGGCGUUCGGCAUGAGAAAGGCGCUGCAGGCCGAGCAGGGGAAGUCAGACAUGGAGAGGAAAAUUGCAGAAUUAGAAACUGAAAAGAGAGAUUUGGAGAGGCAAGUGAAUGAGCAGAAGGCAAAAUGUGAGGCCAUCGAGAAGCGGGAGAAUGAGAGGCGACAGGUGGAGGAGAAGAAGCACAAUGAGGAGAUUCAAUUCCUAAAGCGGACGAAUCAGCAGCUGAAGGCCCAACUGGAAGGCAUCAUUGCUCCAAAGAAGUGA